AUGUAUCUUUGUGGGAAGGACUCGGUGUACGGACUCAAGGUUCAUUCUGCCAUGAUCGCCCUGGCACGAAAAUUGGGUCUUAUGCAGCCCAUGCCAACGGAACCAACUACUGCCCAUGAUCUUGAAUCCUUGUGGCACGGAUUUAUCAAAGCGGAGUCACACAAACGAACAUCAUUUGCCGUGCAUCAGAUCGAUGCGCUAUGGUAUCAGUUCUUAUCUAUUCCCCGAUCAAUAUCUCAUUUAGAAGUUAAGCAUGACCUACCCUGUCCCGUGGACCAGUGGCUCGCAUCCUCUGCUGCGGAAUGGGCGCAUUGCCAGCUUGUUACCGGUCAUAUCAGUCCAUCAUUGCAGUACGCAGACGCCGUUCGUCGGUUUUUAUCGCCCGAUGGGGAUUUAGAAACCAUCCCAUGUUUCGAUCCCUAUGGAGCCGUCAACAUUGCACAAUUUCUGAUGUCCAGUGCUCGCGAAAUAUCAGGCUGGUCUACUAUGACUGGCAUGCUGAGCAUUGAAAGAUUUGGGGCCUUACGAUCAUCACUCGUCGCACUUGGUCCAUUUAGCAGAGCACAGCCGGAGGGUCAACACAUCAGACAUGUCGCAUUGUGUGAGGCCACUUGGGAAACCGCAAUGAUUGAGCUGCAAAUGUGGUCUCCGUCUCACACAGGAGGUAUCGUGGAGGAAAGUAUAGAUGCGGUCUUGAACCACUCCACUUACCUGGCUCCCUCCUGUGAUUUGUUGUGUGAAGGUGAGAAUGCUGCAAUGAUCCAACCGCACGUUGACUGGUUCCUCCGCUAUUUAAAUUCAAGUGAUCUCCCAGAUUCAGAAGCUCCAUGGGUCAUUCUCUACGCAUAUAAGGCAUUUCUGGUCGCUUUGCAGCUAUUAAGAGGGGGCCAACCCGGUGCAAUGAGGGCUAUAUGCAUUGAGGAUGGCGAUAUAGAGAGUGCUUUAACAUGGGCGAAAGUAGCUUUUCGACAAAGAGAACGUUGGGAAAUUGGCAAGCUCAUCUUAGCUUGUCUGGGUGAGCUUGAUAAGUGA